AUGGCUACUGAUGAACUGGCCAAUAAAUUAAAUCGUCGAAUAAAUAUCAGUGAUGCCAUCGAAGCUGGAGAUACCCCUCCACCUUGUGCCAAUAAAGUCUUCAACCCUUACACGGAGUUCAAAGAAUUUAGUAGAAAGCAAAUUAAAGAUUUAGAGAAAACCUUUAAAAAGUAUGACACAGGUCAUGACAAUUUUAUUGAUUUUGAAGAGUUAAAGCACAUGAUGGAGAAACUUGGUGCACCUCAAACCCACUUGGCUCUAAAAGAUAUGAUCAAGGAAGUUGAUGAAGACAAGGAUAACAAAAUCAAUUUUAGAGAAUUUCUUCUAAUUUUCCGCAAAGCAGCUGCAGAAGAACUAAACACUGACAGUGGACUUUAUGAAUUGUAUCAGAAUGUCUGGGAAAUUGAUGUUGAUAAAGAAGGAGUGAAAGGAGCUAAAAACUUCUUUGAAGCAAAGAUUGAUGCCCAAACCAGAGAAAUGAAAUUUGAAAAUGAAAUCAAGGAAGAACAAGAAGAAAAGAAGAAGUUGGCAGAAGAAGCAAGAGAAAGGAAAAAAGCAUUCAAAGAAAAAGCAUCUAUGUUUCAACAAUAA